AUGCGAAACUGGCUGGUGCUGCUGUGCCCGUGCGUGCUCGGGGCCGCGCUGCACCUCUGGCUGCGGCUGCGCUCCCCGCAGCCCGUCCGCACCCCGGGGGCGGGCCCAGCAGAUCAUUUGGCCUUAAAUCCUCACUGGAAAGACACUCACUAUGAUAUGGUAGUUGGUGUAUUGUCAGCUCGAAAUAAUCAUGGACUUCGAAAAGUGAUACGAAGCACUUGGCUGAAGCAUUUAAUACAGCAUCCAACUUUAAGGCAACGUGUGCUUGUGAAGUUCAUUAUAGGUACUCAAGGCUGUGAAGUGCCUGUGGAAGAUAGGGAAGACCCAUAUUCCUGCAAGCUAUUCAACAUCACGAAUCCAGUUUUGAAUCAGAAAAUUGAGGCAUUCAGUUUUUCUGAAGAUACAUCAUCAGGACUCUCUGAAGAUCACGUUGUCAGUGUUCGCUUCCGUGUUCUCUACCCAAUCAUUAUUACCAGUCUCGGUGUGUUCUAUGAUGCCAACAAUGCGGGUUUCCAGAGGAACAUAACUGUAAAGCUCUAUCAGGCAGAACAGGAGGAAGCCCUCUUCAGUGCUCGGUUUAGUCCUCCCAGUUGUGGUGUGCAAGUGAACAAGCUAUGGUACAAACCUGUGGAACAGUUCAUCUUACCAGAGAGUUUUGAAGGCACCAUUGUUUGGGAGAGUCAAGACCUGCAAGGCCUUGUGUCAAGAAACCUUCACAACGUGACUGUCAACGAUGGAGGGGGCGUUCUCAGAGUCCUUGCUGCUGGAGAAGGCACCUUGCCUCAUGAAUUCAUGGAAGGUGUAGAGGGAAUUGCAGGGGGUUUUAUUUACAUUAUUCAGGAAGGUGAUACUCUCCUUAAAAACCUUCGUUCUCGUCCUCAAAGACUUAUUGAUCGUAUAACUGAACUCCGUGAGGAAGAUGCCUUACUGAAGGAGGAAAGCAGCAUCUAUAAUGAUAUUGUUUUUGUGGAUGUUGUCGACACUUAUCGAAAUGUUCCUGCAAAAUUAUUGAACUUCUAUAGAUGGACGAUGGAAACAAUUAAUUUUGAUUUAUUGCUAAAGACAGAUGAUGACUGUUACGUAGACUUAGAAGCUGUAUUUAAUAGAAUCACCUACAAAAAUCUGGAUGGACCUAAUUUUUGGUGGGGAAAUUUCAGAUUGAACUGGGCAGUUGACCGGACUGGGAAAUGGCAAGAGUUAGAGUAUCCGAGUCCUGCUUACCCUGCCUUUGCUUGCGGGUCAGGUUAUGUCAUCUCCAGAGAUAUUGUCCACUGGCUGGCAAGCAACUCGGAGAGAUUAAAGACCUAUCAGGGUGAAGAUGUAAGCAUGGGCAUUUGGAUGGCAGCUAUAGGACCUAAAAGAUACCAGGACAGCCUCUGGCUGUGUGAGAAGACUUGUGAAACUGGGAUGUUGUCUUCCCCUCAGUAUACUCCGCAGGAACUCACAGAACUGUGGGAACUGAAAGAACUGUGCAGUGACCCUUGUAAAUGUGAAGCAAGAUGAUAUUGUUAAUUAUCAGUCUUUAAACAACAGUACAAGGCAUGUAAUAAUAACAGUAAGUAUGAGGAGAGUCUGAGGUUAUGUGCCCUUCAGGAUAGUUCUAGACAGUCACCUGUUAAUGAAUGUGGGAUUUAAUAUUUGCACAAAAUUGCCUCUUUAAAAAUCAACUGGUACUAUAGCAUAAGAUGAAGUCUUGUGUAUAUAUUGGAAGAUCUGAAAAGUACCCAAUUGUUUAUAAAAGAAAAAAUUAUAAAUCCUAACGCAUUGUUUCUAACAAUUUAUCAGUACCUAUCAGUUAUUAUUAAAAUUUGGCUACUUAAAAAUUCUGUAGUAGUAACUGAGUAUUUGAAUUUCAACCUGGAAUGAAGAAUAGCUCUGUAGAGUAUAUGAGGGUCUUUAAAGGACAAAGAGAGCUCUCAAAUGCUCUGUGAUCAGCUGAUUAUGUACACUAGUCUCUUAAACCAAAGUUUGCGAAUUUUUGAAAAUGUCAGGUUUGAUGGGUCUCUGAAUGAAGUAGGCAACUUAAAAGAAAUUGAUGUAAUUCUGUUUGAGACCUUGGUUUUAAAGAGGUUCGUUUGUUAAAUGGGCUUCUAUCCAAGAUAUCUUUUGCCAUUUUACGUAGAUGCUGAAGCUCAUGGUUGAGUUCUAGAAAGAAGUUAAAUAUGAGUGAAUAUGAGUAAAAGUAAACAAUUCUCAGGGGUUUUGUUCCAUUGGUGAGGAUACGUCUAAGUAACUGAUAUUUUGUAAGAAUUUGUUUUGCUUUCCUUUGAUCACUGCCCAUUGUUUACCUAAUUUAUGUGAAUAUCGAUCCAAGAUGGUAAUCUGUAAAAGAAUAUAUGCCAAGUUUAACUAUAGGGAAAAGCAUGUGAUUAAUUUUUUAAGUACUAUAAAUGUAGGACAAUUAACAAGAGCUAUAAUAGCAUCUAUGUUAAAAAUAAUAGAAGAUGUGCAUCCCUAAGUUUAAGGGACCAACCAAAUAAUUUUAGUAACCUUUUAAAAUAGCAGUUUUAAUAGAGAAUUCCAUUAAAACUAGUCUUUGGCAGACAUUAACUGUAUUCAGAUUAUAUUAGGCUAGUUUCUAUUGAAUAUUUAAAUCCUUACAGGAUGAGAUGGAGUGAUGAAUUAUAAAAUAAGAAAAUCAUUAGUAGGUACAAAGUUUUUAUUAUUUAUAGUGUUAUAUACAAACCUGGAAAUGGUCUCUUUCCAAUGAAAAAUCAACCUUUUCUAUAUUAGGGCAAGUUGUUAAAACCCUAUAUCGAUCUAUAUAUCUAUCUAUAUUUUUGUUGUGGUGGUGGUGGUGGUUGACAGAACGGUUUCAAUAAAUUCUCUCCGGGUAACUCCAGGCACAAUAAACAGUCUGGUCUCUGAAUUUUAUUAGUUGGCUUUUACCAGCGUACUAACAGAUAAUCUCCAUUUUCCACAGAAUAAAACUGUAGUGACUGUU